GCUGAUAAAACUAUACUUUACAUUGGUACCACUUGCCCCUUUUCUCAAAGGGUGGCUAUUGCCCUUAAAGAAGCCGGGAUCGAGCAUGAAACGGUGUUAAUUGAUUUAUCGAAUAAGCCAGCUUGGUUGCUCCCGAGUGAUCCUAUCAAACGCGCUCAAACUCGCUUCAUUGUUGAAUAUUAUUGGACAAAGAUUGCCCUAGUAUGGUUUGGUCAUUUCCACAAUUUCAAGAACGCGGAUCUGGCGAAAUAUGGCGACUCACUCAAUGCCGCUUAUGCCCGUCUCAAUGAAUUGUUAUUGGAACAAGCACCAUCCGGUCCCUACUUUCUCGGAUCCCAAUACAGUCUCGCAGACGUUUUUAUUGCGCCAUUCUCAUCCCGGCUUGAAACAUCCCACAAGGCCUUUUUGAAGGGCUUCCAAAUUGACGCGAUCAACAAAUACCCUCGUGUCCAAGAAUUCCUCAAGGGCAUCACUGAUCGUCCUACAUUCAAGGAAACCUAUCCAGGUGACGAUCUUAUCAUCGAAACUUUCCAACGUGCUUGGAAGAUAGUGCCAUCUGCGGUCUGA